GGUUGUGUGGUGCUUGCUUUCCCACGCCACCCACCGGAGAAGUGCCCCCACAUCCUGCUCGUCAGGAUUGAGACGAUUCCUCGCGGCCAGGCAUGCUUUCUCGUGCUUCUCGAUAUUCUCAUCCAUGUUCUCAGAAAAAGAGAAACUUCCCAUCCAUGGCCACAAUUAGUUAGGCAGAUGCACACUUCAGGUGGGGAUGCAAAGCCAACUAACUGCUGGCUUCCGGUGAAGACGGAGGACGACCCUGAUACCUGAUUCCGCUCCGCUUGAGGCGAAAAUGGAGGAUCCCGUCACGGCUUCGCUCGGCCCCAUGGGUCGCCUCCUUCGGCGACUCCAUUCGCUGGAGGCUUCCGACCACCCUCUGCCGAAGGGGUUCACUGCGAACGGGAUCCGGCUUCUGAGAGAGGGCCUAGAAGGAUUGUGCGACCACCUCAAGGGUUUGCCGGAGGCAGAUCUGGACAACCCUGGCUUCACGCCCAAAUGGUGGACCAAGGAGGUCCGGGAACUUGCUUACGACGCGGAGGACUUCUUCGACGAGGUUAUGCAGUCCGUUGCCGGCGGCGGCGGCGCCGGCAUCAGCAGAAGCGCUCCUCUUAGUACUACUACUAUAUUUGGGGUUACCAGUAAGCGGAAGCAGCGCCUGCCCCAGAUUGCACAAGAUUUCUCACAUUUAAUGGCUCGUGUGGAUGAUGCGAGAGGAAGAUGCAAAAAUUUCCAUCUUGCUCCGGAGACAGCCAUCAAAUCUGACCAUGGACAAGCCAGUACCAGCGGCCACACACCUGAACUGCCUCUCAACCUGCCGGUGUCGACCGUGUCAACCGCCGGCCAUAGCCUGGUUGGUGUCGAGGAACCCAUGAAGAAGCUUGUCAACUUGCUUGCUUUCAGUGACGACCAGCAGAAGCAGCUCAAGGUGAUACCCAUCUUUGGAUCUGCAGGAGUUGGAAAAACGACAGUUGCCAGAGCGAUAUAUCAUCAGUUUGGAGGAGAAUUCCAGUGCCGGGCUUUUGUACGGGUGUCCCGGAAUCCUGAUAUGAGGAGGCUUCUCACCAGCAUCCUCUCACAAAUUAAGGCGCCAGGGGCAGGGGCUCACACCUUUUCUGAUGUGCAGGACCUUAUUGACUGUAUCAUCAAACAUCUUCAUCAGAAAAGGUACUUCAUUGUUGUUGAUGAUUUAUGGACAGCAUCAGUCUGGGAUAUUAUUAGCCGUGCUUUACCUUAUGGUGAUUGUUGCAGCAGAAUACUGACAACCACACAGAUUGAGGAUGUAGCACUGGCAUGUUCUGGUUAUGAGUCAGAGUAUAUAUUUAACUUGGACCCUCUUAAUAGUGGCGAAUCUCGAAAAUUAUUCUUCGAUUCUGUUUUUGGCUCUGAAUGUGAAACUGGUUGUCCUGAGGAGUUCAAAGUAGUUGUGGAUAGGAUUAUCAGGAAAUGCGGUGGUUUACCGUUAUCAACUCUAAAUAUAGCAAGCCUGUUGCUACCAAGCAAACCAAACCCUGCAUUUCAGCAGUGGGAGAAGGUAGAAAGUUCUCUACCCUCCACUUUGAGGACAAAUCCUACUUCCAAUGGGAUGAAAGAUGUUAUAAUCCUUGUCUAUGAUAAGCUUCCACUUCAUUUGAAGACAUGCUUGCUCUAUGUUGGCAUGUAUCCAGAGGGCUACACAAUCAGUAAGGAUGAUUUGGAGAAGCAAUGGGUUGCUGAAAGUUUUGUCAGUGACGCUGAGCAUGGUUACUUUAACGAGCUUCUCAGAAGAGGUAUGAUCCAACCGGUGGACACUAACUAUCACGGCGAGGUGUUGUCAUGUACAGUUAACCACAUGGUACUGGAUCUUAUCAGGCACAAAUCCAUGGAGGAUAAUUUCAUCAUCACUGUGAACUAUCUUGAAUCAACUAUAGGGUUUCCUGACAAGGCUCGUCGAUUGUCCAUCCAAUUCGGAGGUGCAAAAAGUGCGAAGAUACCGGAAAGCAUCAUAAUGUCCCAAGUCCGAUCACUUUUCUUCUGUGGAUUCUCUGGAUGUGUACCUUCCAUUCCGGAUUAUGGCCUUCUUCGAGUUCUAAUUCUUCAUAUUUGGGCUGAUCAAGACAAGAUGAGCUUUGACCUCACUAGAAUCGGUGAACUAUGUCGACUGAGAUAUGUCCAGGUUGAAUGUAAUAUCACUGUCAAUUUGCCAGACAAGAUUCAAGGGUUACGAUACUUGGAGACACUGCAAAUAGAUGGAAGAAUAUCUGCUGUUCCAUCAGAUAUUGGAAAUUUGGAGAAAUUACGGCACCUCCGCCUUCCCAACCAAGUUAAUGUGAGGGACCUUGGCGGGCUGGUUAACCUCCAGGAUCUUCAUCUCACCUGUUCUACAGUACACCAAGUUGAUAAUCUGGAGGACAACAUGAAAUACCUGAGCACAGUUCUUGAGAAACUCAGCAACCUCAAAUCUCUAACUCUGACAUCUUUAUGCUCAUAUCCCGUAAAUACUUCGAGGAUGAGUAUUUCCUGCCAUGGCUUGAGCAGCGUGUCCCCUGCUCCAGCCCAUCUUGAGAGACUUGAGUUACUGCCGUGGAUUUGCAUCUUUCCCAGCCUCCCAAAGUGGUUGGAAACACUCAGCAAACUCUACAGUCUAAAGGUAGCAGUUAGAGAAUUCUCGAACAGUGACAUUGAUAUCGUGAAAGGAUUGCCUGCCCUCACCGCUCUCUCACUAUAUGUCCAGGCAGCACCGGCAGAGAGGAUUGUCUUUGGCAAGGCAGGAUUUUCAGCUCUCAAGUACUUCACGUUGAAGUGCAGUGAACCUUUGCUGAAAUUUGAGGCUGGUGCAAUGCCUAAUCUUCGGAAGCUCAAUCUAGUCUUCAAUGUCCAUGAAGUGCAGCAUGGUGCUGCACCUAUCUGCAUUGAGCACCUAGCAGGGCUUAAAGAGAUCUCCGCAAAAAUUGUGGGUGCAGGUGCUGCUGGCACAGAGUCUACCUUGGGGAUUUAUGUUAGGAAUGAUCCAAAAAACCCGAAAAUCAACGAUCAACUGGUGAACUGGAAGUUCUUUGCAGACGAAGAUAGAAUUAUGGCGCCACCGAGGCACGCAGGACCGGUUAUAGAAGAACUAGGUGAGAUCCUGGAGGAAAUCACAGAAUAUGAGUACGAAGGGGAAGAUGAAAACAGACAGCAACCUGAUAGCGGGAUUUCUACGUUACUGGAGUCGUCGCCCGUGCCACCUUGGAGACCCUCUGAUGGGCGAUAUGGCUGGAGAAUCCUCUCUGCGUGGGCCAGGGCCAGGCCCACCUUGAAAUCCGGACCCCGGACCACCUUGAAAGCUGCCUGUGAAGGCAGCAACAGCCUCCCCUGGUGGCACCAUCUUGCGCCAUCCAACACUGGAAUGUUCUCAAGGAGUCGUCGUAAACAUGAGAGUAGUCUUACUGCCAGCAGCAGUCCAACUUUUUUGGCUUCCAGGCUUACUGGCGGCAGCAGUCAAACUUUUUCAGCUUCCAAGCCUUCAAGCGUGAACACGUUUUCAAGUGCGAACACUUCUUCAAGUGCGAACACUGGGUGUGAAAUUGUGCAGUCAGCCAAAGUUAAGGCCUUCAGCUAUAAUGCUCUGAGGUUUGCCACAAGGAACUUCCCUCCUGACGGUGUGCUCGGUGAAGGAGGGUUUGGAUCUGUCUAUAAAGGAUGGCUUGAUGAGCGUACAUUGUCAGCUUGCCAACCUGGUACAGGAAUACCCGUUGCUGUGAAAAAACUCAACCCGGAGGGCUUUCAAGGGCACGGAGAGUGGUUGGCCGAAGUUAAUUACUUAGGUCGGCUUUGCCAUCCCAACCUUCUGAAGUUAAUCGGGUACUGCAUAGAGGAUGAGUAUCGGGUGCUAGUGUAUGAGUGGAUGCCACGUGGGAGCUUGGACAAUCAUCUUUUCAGGAGAGGCUUUGAACCUCUUUCGUGGAACAUAAGGAUGAAAGUUGCACUUGGAGCUGCAAAAGGGCUAGCCUACCUUCACAGUGCGGAGGUUAACGUUAUCUAUAGGGAUUUUAAGCCAUCUCAUAUUCUCCUUGACACCGAUUAUACUGCAAAACUCUCUGAUUUUGGAUUGGCAAAGGAUGGUCCUGUUGGUGAAGACAGUCAUGUGACCACAAGGGUAAUGGGAACAUAUGGUUAUGCAGCUCCAGAAUAUGUGUCAACAGGCCAUCUUACUGCAAAGUGCGACGUAUAUGGCUUCGGGGUUGUGCUUCUAGAGAUGUUGUGUGGUCGUCGCGCACUUGACACGAACCGUGCCCCGGCGGAGCUCAAUCUUGUUGGAUGGGCCCGACCGAAUCUCACAAGUAAGCGCGGGAUCUUUCGUGUCAUUGAUAAAAAGCUAGGAGGCCGAUACUCGAUCAAUGGGGCGCGGAAAAUCGCCAACCUUGCUGUCGCGUGCUUGCACGUUGAAGGUAAUAUGAGGCCGACCAUGGAUUACGUAGUCUCCAUUCUAGAAGGGGUUCAAGACUCCAGUGACCGACGCAAGAAAGCAGCAGCAAAGAAGCAUCAAGAGCCCAAGUCCGCCGGCAGAAUGACAGCGCCAAGCGCGGAUGCUGGCACGGCACGCGUACGUCGCCCUAAAAGCUCAGGAGACCUUGGAAACAAGGCCGCUAGUCAUAGCAACCAAGAGUCUGAACCUGUUAUCUAGCUAGGGUGGUAGUCUGAAAAUGCCCUGUGCAUGGCAACCUGGAUGUAUUUGUGUGCCGUUGAGUUCUUGGCAGUGGAGCUCAUGCUGCAUACUCCCUGCCGUGCCUGUGUGAUCUUCACUGUAUCCAACUAUCAAUGGCCUGUCAGGCCAUCUCCACCGCGCUACCCUAUCUUGUCCGCCGGACGCGGUUUGGGUAAAAGUAGACACAUGCAGCGAUCCA